AUGACGGAAGAACUAUUUCUUCACUUGUACGCACAAAACUCAACUCUUCUAGCUAUGGUUCAAAUUCUUGCAAGCUUUGCUACUUCUAAUGCUCUACAGCGUACCCCAAGACUUAAAGGUGUGCUUUCCCAAGUUCUUCCCAUUUUAGGGAAUGUUAAAGAUCAACAUCAGCCAAUUUUUGCAAAUGAUAUUAUUGUUGCACCUGUGCUUUCUAGAAACCGAAACUUUGAAGGGCAUCUUGACCCACUAACAAGAGCCAACUACCUGGCUUCACCUCCCUUAGUUGUAGCUUACGCACUUGUCGACAUCGACAUCGAAAACGAACCAAUCAGGACCACAAAGGAUGGAAACAAUGCCUAA